AUGGCCAACCGCAAGACAACAGCCUCGUCCGAAAACAGCGAAGAGGGAAAAGCUCAGAAACUCCUGGUAGCGCUCCGGGUGCGGCCCAUCCUUCCGUCCGAGUUGGACAAGGGUCUCACGUGCAUCGCACACAAGAUUGACGAUAAGACGGUGCUCCUGGUGGAUCCCCAAAGCGCCGAAUCCGCGGAGAAAACUCGUAAUGGAAGUAGCAACAAAAAGGUGGUCAGUCACAAGUACGCCUUCGACUGGACCUUCGAUGAGAGAAGCUCGCAGGAAGAGGUCUACCAGAAUGUUGGAAAACCUCUGGUGGACAACGUCUUGCACGGUUUCAACGGGACCGUGUUCGCCUACGGAGCUACAGGAGCGGGAAAAACGUACACGAUGGUGGGCAGCGAUAAGAGUCCCGGCAUGAUGGUGCGUGUGUUCGACGACUUCUUCCAAUUCGCCAAAUACAACAACUCCACGACGGACACAAGCAUCUUCAUCUCUUACAUGGAGAUCUACAAUGAGAAUAUCCGAGAUCUGCUGAACACAUCCAACACCUUCCUUGAGCUUCGCGAGGAUCCCCAAGGUGGAAACCAAGUCUUGGGUCUCUCUGAAUUGGAGGUUACGAAUUCGGCAGAGGUGCUAAGGCUACUACAGAAGGGCAACAAGCGGCGGACGGUGGAGCCCACAGCGGCCAACAAGACGUCCUCCCGGUCUCACGCCCUGCUACGAGUCUCGAUCAGACAGUCCAGCCGGGACCCUUCCAACCUGAGCUCUUCCAGGAACAGGGUAGGAAAGUUGUUCAUGGUGGACCUGGCUGGAUCUGAAAGAGCCUCCAACACCAAGAAUACCGGAAUACGGUUAAAGGAAGGCGCGCACAUCAACAGGUCUCUUCUCGCACUUGGAAAUGUCAUCAAUGCAUUAGGUAUGCGGAACCCAAAGUACGUCAACUUCCGGGACAGCAAACUGACGCGGAUGCUCAAGGAGGCUCUCUCGGGCAACUGCAAGACGGUCAUGGUGGCCCACAUCUCUCCCGCGUCCGCGCACUACGACGAGUCCAGGAACACCCUGGUCUACGCCGAGAGGGCGAGGAACAUCACGAACAAGGUUCGGAUCAACAUGGUGGACGUGUCCCACCACGUGAAGCAGUACCAGAGCAUCAUCACGGAGCUGAGGCAGGAGAUCCAGAAGUUGCAGGACCGUAUCGAGGAGAACGACGCCUCCAAGGAGGAGUCCUCGACUCCUGUCUCUUCUCCCGAGGCUACGCACAAGGGCAUCAACAAUGCUGAAGACAACGGCGACAACAAUGCUGUUGUGGAGCAGAGCGCAGUCAACGAACGCAAUCAGCAAAACGAGAAGGCUGACAUGGAUCGGGAAAUUCGUCAGAUGAGGGCAGCUCUCGUCGACUCCUUCAACAAGCAAAUGGAAGUCAGGCGCAAGAUGAUGGAGAUCGAUAACUGCCUGCUGGCGCUCAGCACGGACUUGGAGAAACUCAGCAUUGUUAUCAAUCAAUGGGAGACUGAAAAAGUGAAGUUUGAAGUAGCCGACAACCAAGGUAAGACAGACGAGGAACCGGACUACGUGAGGCAAGCCUGGGAAGACAUUGAGUACAUUCAAGGAGAACAACAGAAAUUUCUUGCCUUACGGGAAGAUGUCGAGAAGGAAUUCGAAGACGCUCGCGAUAGGACCUACAAACUAACCGAGAACUUACCAAACGUCGUGAGCUCUGAGGAACAGCGAGAGCUUCUCAGGCUUCUCACACAAGUUCACAAGUUAGAGGUCGAAAAAAUUGAAAUGCAAACGGAUCAGUUGAUCAGAGAACACGAACUUCGGCAGCGGGAUUUGAUGAUCGUUCGAUAUGAUCGCCAACGUCUCUUAUGUGACGAGAUCAUCGGAAAGCAGAAAAUUCUCAUCAAUGAACUUUCAUCUGGAAUGCGGCGAAGGAAAGCUCGAAACGCCCAAGCCGCAAGAGAGCUGAACGAGCUGUAUCGGAUAUACCAGCAGGAGAUACAAGACUUAAGUUCCGGAAGAGACUCCGUCAUGAAACAUCUCAACGUUAAUCCUUAUCGGCCAAACUCCGUGCUCGGCCUUCGCCCGCUGGGGUCCAGCGAAAGCAUGUGGGACCUGAGCCCCAUGGAACCCCUGAGGGAAGAGGAGGACCGUUCGGAACAGCACGGCCUACCAUCGUCCAGUCAGAGCGACAACGUCACGGUCAGGCACCUUGUCCGUGGUCACGGAGAUGCCGGAGCCCUCGUCGGAAGAGUGGCGGGAGCUCCGGCCCACAGAGGCACCCUGUCCGAGCCGACGACGCCCGGAGGUCGUCUGCUGUCACAGCUGCCUCCCGUGGAGUUGACAAACUACGUCAGCCAUCGCGACGACAUUGAAGCUAGCACGAGGAGAAUUUCAAGCUUGGCGCAACAGCGAAAAUCGCUUCGGACGGCGGAGAGGACGUCGGAUCACUGGGAGAGAACUCCGGACACGCCGCAGGUGCGACGGUACAUCGGCAGCAUCAACGGCGGCGGCCCGCUGUCGUCCUCCAUGGGCAACGGUUCGGGCUUCGAGAGGAGUCGACUCCAUGCCAGCCUCAGAAGAGAGUCCAUUGAUUCCCUGCCUCACUUAGAAGACCAAAAAACGCAAAGGAGGAAAGAUAUCGGAAUGCGAAACAAGAUCCUUCGAGCCGUCGGCACCAGGCCACAAGCCUUCAGGUCGCCACUGGUCAGGAACAAACACGGGGGCAUCACGCUUGAAGACGUGCUACGCUUUUAUGUGGAACGCUGA